UGGUGCUGCGCUGUCAGUCAGAAUGCCUCCACAGUCAGGCAAUGCUCUAGGGGGGAAGGAACCUUGCUUAGAUACUCCACAGCUUUUCACCUGGGAGGAGAUAGCACUCCGCUCGGGCAAAGGGAACUCCAAGGAAGAGAGGUGGCUGGUCAUCAACCGGAAAGUCUAUGAUGUCAGCAAGUUCUAUUGGCGACAUCCUGGAGGAAGGCGUGUCAUCAGCCACUAUUCCGGACAAGAUGCCACGGAUGCCUUCACCGCUUUCCACAAGGAUGAGGACCUAGUAAAGAAACACCUGAGCUCACUGCUAAUUGGGGAGCUGGCACCUGAUCAACCCAGCUGUGAACCCACCAAAAAGGAUAUGCUGAUACAAGACUUUCGUGAGCUGCACAGCACAGUGAAGAGAUCUGGACUCCUGAAGGCCAGUUAUCCCUUCUUCGCCUUCAUGUUCCUGCAUGCUUUCCUGAUAGACAUUGCAUCCUGGCUUGUCAUCUGGUACUUUGGAAAAACAUGGACCCCUUUCCUCAUUGGUGUAGCGCUGUUCACCACUGCACAGGUCCAGUAUGGCUGGCUUCAGCAUGAUUUUGGGCAUGUUUCCGUCUUUCAGAAGCCCAAGUGGAAUAGACUGGCUCACCACAUUGUGGCAGGAAUGCUUAAAGGAGGGCCCCCCAGCUGGUGGAACCAUAUGCAUAACCAGCAUCAUGCCAAACCCAACUGCUUCCGCAAGGACCCAGAUCUCAACAUGCAUCCACUCCUGUUCAGCCUGGGAAAGGCGCUCUCUGAGGAACUUGGGAAGAAGAAGAAGAAAUACAUGCCUUACCAGCACCAGCACAUGUACUUCAUCCUCUUAGCCCCGAUGACUUUUGUUGUAUUUGUGCAGCUGAUUAUAAUACGCUUCGCAAUUCAGAGGAAAAAAUGGAUGGAGUUUGCCCUCAUUGUGUUCUACAAUAUCCGCGUUUGUCUCAUGUUUGUUCCUUUAAUGGGAUUUAAAAGCUUCAUGGCAUUCUACUGGCUGUCCAGGUUCCUAGAAAGCAAUUGGUUUCUCUGGGUCUCACAGAUGAACCACAUUCCCAUGACUAUCGAUUAUGAUAAGAAUUUGGACUGGGUGUCUGCUCAGCUCGCAGCGACGUGUGAUGUGGAUCAAUCCCUGUUCAAUGACUGGUACACGGGGCACCUGAACUUCCAGAUUGAGCAUCACCUUUUCCCAACGAUGCCUCGCCACAAUUAUUGGAAGGUGGCUCCUCUGGUGAAAUCCCUCUGUGCUAAGCAUGGCGUUAAGUACCAAUGCAAGCCCCUGCUCACGGCUUUUGCAGAUAUAUUGCACACGCUGAAGGAGUCUGGGGAACACUGGCUGGAUGCUUAUAUCCACGCCUAAGGAGAGAGGGGACUUUGGGGACGAAUCGCCUCAUGCUGAACUGUGAUCUCCUGUGCUUCCCCUUCCCUGGCACACACACCUUGAGCUGCUGAUCUCUGAAGCUUUAGGAAUAUGAGGUGGGGCUGGAGCUGAACUUGAGUGAGAGAGAGAGAAGGGUGGCUUCUCUGCUGUCUUGCCCCCUUUCUGUUUGUGGAGGAAUGAAAAAUGAAAAAGAGCCUUCAUUCUACUUUGAGACCUUAUGAAGAGAUAGAGAAAGGGAAACAGUGCUUUGCUUUCUCUGUAUUUCCACCUGCAACAACAGUUUCAAAGGUAUAUGAGGAGCCUCGCAACCAUUCUGAGUCCUUACACCCCGAUCCUUUCCUUUAGUAGACUUUGCAUAGUCCUUUAAAUGUCUCAGGCUCCUGCCAGAUUUGAACCUCCAGAUUCAAUCUUCCUCGUUCCACUGAAUGAACUCUGUGCCACCCAAGGCUUUGGCGAUCAGAUUGCUCAAACAAAGCAUGGUUUGCAUUUACUGAGUUGACCCUAGAGCCAGCCCAACUUUCAGGCAAAGUGAGGCAGUAGCACCAGGUAAAGGUAAAGGGACCCCUGACCGUUAGGUCCAGCCGCGAACGAAUCUGGGGUUGCGGCGCUCAUCUCGCCUGGUAGGUUUUCCAGCUCUGAGGCCAAUCUCUUCUUUCCCCUGCCCUCCCUUUCCAGUUUUUCCUCCUCAAUGGAGAAAUCCAAGAUUGUGUCAUAACUGUUAUUGAUCUGCAGCAGUACCAUGUUCCUUUGAAACAAAGACACGAAGCACUGAAGACAGCUGCUGUUUUUGGGAAACUGUGUAAACCCAGAGGUCUUGCCUCCAGAUAAUGGGAGAAAUUACACAAUGACACAACUAAUGGCACAAAUCAAACACUUCCUUAUUUUGGGGGUGGCCACAUUCAGCUUCCAAACUGAAGCACUCAGUCAUUCAAGUUUCAUAAUAAAGGGAACAAUGAUUAAGCAAGAUCUAAUUUUCUGUGGUUAUCAGAAAUCUUUUCCUUAAGUCCUAAGCAGGCUCCUUGAGCAAGCAAAGCCAUUUUCCAUUUCUCCCAAACUGAAGUUCUUGCUUCUCAUGAUAAUAUAGUUCAGCUUAGUAUAUGAAGUUGUCUGUUCAUGAAGAUAAUUGGAUGAGACCCAAUUCUGGGUGGAAUUGCCUUCAGAGGUUAGAUGGUGGCAACAUGCCUUCUCCAUGAGGCAACCCUGAUUAAACCUCCCUCCUGUAC